GGGAUGUGGUAAAUGCAAGGCCAAUCGAUUGAUUGCUCAGCAUGCCUAUACCUACCUGGGUACCUGAUGAUGCAACCUUGCCCAAAUAUCAACCACAUCUGACAGCCUUGAAACACAAAAUUUUCCUCGUUGGUGAAAUUAUGGCGACUCCUACUGCUAGUUUCCGUUUGGUAAAUGGUAGUACCUUGCCGGCUAUUGGCCUAGGAACCUUCCAAGGCGACGAUGGAAAUGAGAAAGUAAAGAACAUAGUGAAAGCAGCGAUCCAGGCCGGGUAUCGUCAUAUUGAUGGCGCAGCAGCGUAUGGCAAUGAAGAAGCUAUUGGAGAUGCGAUCAAAGAAAGUGGUAUCUCGAGAGAUGAGUUGUUUGUCACCACCAAACUAGCUCAACCCUGGCAUGAACCUAAAGACGUCGAGCGUGCGUUAGAUUUGAGUUUGGAAGCUCUGGGCUUGGAAUAUGCUGACUUAUAUCUUAUGCAUUUCCCCCAUGCCUACCUUCCAGGUCCAAAUAAUGGUACGGUUCGACAUCCAAGCGGCAACGGGAAGCCAGUAGUUGAUUAUGAACGAUCUCGCAAGUACACCGAAACUUGGCAGGCAAUGGAGAAGUUAGUGGAUAGUGGCAAAGCGAAAGCUAUUGGCUUGUCCAAUUUCAAUAUCCUGAAGACCAAGCGAAUCUUGGAGAUUGCGAGAAUCCGUCCUGCAGUUAAUCAAGUCGAGGCGCAUCCUUACUUUCCUCAGCACGAGCUGCUUGCAUUUUGCGAGAAAGAGCACAUCCAUCUCAUGGCCCACCAGCCGCUAGGAGGAAAACCUGUUGGAGUAGUGGCUCCUCAUGCCGAUAUCCCUGGACCUCUUUUUGAUACCAAGAUUGCUCAGAUUGCUGCUCAGACUGGUAUGACUCCGGCACAGGUCAUCCUAUCCUGGGCCGUCCAGCGUGGCACAUCAAUAAUUCCAAAAACUUCUAAUGAGAGCCGACUUUCUGAGAAUCUCUGCACUGCACCAUUGAGUGAGGAACACUUUGCGAUCAUUGAUGGCUUGGCGACAACUAUUGAGAGUGGCCCUGUGAGAUAUCUAGACCCACGUGACUAUCUAGGAUUUGAUGUUUUUGACGAGACAGCCGAUCAGCCAGUGGAUAAUCAAGCUCCUUGGGACUAAUAAGAGAAUUACCAACCAGAAUGUGGAAGCUCUGAUUAGAUAGGCAUGGUAUAAGGGAUUUGGGGGAUAUUAAAAAUCGAAGCGAUGAGUUACGGCGUUGAUUGAUAAAUAGAAAAUUGAAGAAUAAAGAAAUAAAGUCA